CUAUUUAUCUCUAAUUCAUUCAAUCAAUUAACAAUGACCGUUGACACCCUCAGAGUUAGAUUCUUCAAGCAAAAGAACCUCGCCGGAACCUACAACAAGGAGUACAGAGUUGGUGACUCUAUUGCCUUCACUCCCCACGAUGCCGACAAUGAUUCCUACAUGUCCUGUGAGAUUGGUACCAGAUGUUGGGUCAAUGCCUACCAACACAAUGAUGCCUUCAACCCCGAGCCAGGUGCACACAAGGAGCUCAGAUCCGGAGUCCACAACGAUCUCUCCGAGCUCAAGGGUCUUUCCAUGUUCCAGGUGCUCCAGAAUACCUUUGGCUACGCAAUCGACAUCAGAGUGGUCGACUUCAAGGGCUCCAAGGAUGGUUACAAAAUGACCAUGAUCCCCUACCAGACCGCCCCAGUGUCUUGCAUGUGUGGCGGAGACUAUGUCCAGUGUCCCAUCCCCAAGUUGUCCCCACCAGACUCGGAGAUUGUGUGCCAGGUCAUCGUGCAGGCUACAGAAUGGCCAGGUUCAACUGUUGCUAACGGUAGCAUCUACUUCAAGUACAACCCUACAACUGGUUUGUUGUCCUACCGCAAGACUGAGGGAUUCCCAUCCAACAUGUCUCUCUCACAAGAGGGCAUCACUCAAUUUACCUUCAAGCUUGAGAAAGAA